CAUGCCGUUCUCUUACUUGCAGUCUGCCUGAGAUGAGGGAUCGCUGGUUAGACACUCUACACUGGAAAACUGCAGAGGCAAGAUCGAGAGCAGGCAGCACUUCCCCACCGCCCAGUGUCCUAAUGAAGGUGUUGAGUGGCAAUACCACGGUACACUUUCCUCUGUCACUGAUACAUAAACAUUAGUGAUCAGCAGCAUAAAUGCUUGGAAUGGGAUAUUUUUCUUCUAUGGCUUUCAUCUCAGAUGGUAAUAAAACUCUAAGUGGAAUUGGGAUGGACUCUGUUGUCGAGUUGCCUCUUGAUGGCAACGUCAAAAUCUCCACCUACUCAAAACAGUUUCAUAAUCAGGAGGCACAUGCACAGCAGCCUAUUGGAGAGAACGGGAGCAAAAGGAGCUUGUUCUCAUUCAAGCUGAAGAGAAGCUCCACAAACCCAAGUGUACCGACUAACCUUGAGUCCACUGCAAAGAACUUGCUGUUUGGACAACAUCUCCAAGAUGACACCACACUUCCAAAACCAAUAACUGAAAUCUUCCUGCUGUUGUUCAGGAAGGGUCCAUUAACUGAGGGUGUAUUCAGAGUCCCAUGUAACAGCAAAAACCUGAGUGCUCUCAGAGAUCAGCUAAACUCUGGGGCCGAAGUGGACAUGGAAGCCCUGCCUGUGACUCUCUUAGUUGGACUGUUGAAAGUCUUCCUGAGGGAUCUCCCUGGAGGUCUGCUGGUAUUUGAGCACUAUGAAAGCUGGAUCAGUGCUUUGGAGAAAGAGAGGACACAGGACAUUCAAAGUGAGCUCCGGAGAAUGGUCAAGAAGCUGCCCAAAGCAAACAGCCUCCUCUUGCAGCGCUUGCUAUGCCUGUUUCACCACAUCAGUCAGCGUUCAGAAACAAACAAAAUGGAUGCCAAGAACCUUGCAGUUUGCAUUGCCCCGACCCUGCUGCAUCGUGAAAGCCAGCCCCUAGAUGUGGAUGAUGUAGAUAAGGUCACAAGACUUAUCCAGUUCCUAAUUGAGAAUUGCUGCGAAGUAUUCGGGCAUGCUAUCUUGACUCUACUUGGGGAUUUUGAGGAGCAGGAAUCCAUAGACACAUUAGAUUCAGCAUCCUUGAUGCCACCUAAUAUUAACUUCAAUGUCCAACGGCACGACAGCACAGAUCCUGAUGUUGACGGUGACUUUGUGGAAGCUGAAGGACACACUCAGGAUGACAACAUUAUGCCGCAUGGAAGCCCAGCCUUAAGAAAGAUGGGACGAUCUGACAUUCAAUCGUAUUCCAAUGACAUAAUAUUUGAUGCUUUCACAAAACCUUUAAAUCGGCGGUGCUCGGAGCCCUCCAUCUUCCCUUCAGCAACCAUAACAGGCUUAAGAGGGCUAGCUCGCAGCCAUGAUGACUUUUCCACCGAGAAGGAUUUUGAGGACCAACUGCUCAAGAAGCAGAACUCUGAUGACUCUUUUCUGCAUCUCUGUGAGAACAGAGGAUCCCAGCCAUCCCUCAAGAAACUGGUUGGGAGUUUGAACAUGGACUUGCCCAUUAGUGUGUCUUCUCCUGCAUCUAUGGCUGGUUCCUGCCUAUCCUUCUGUUCCUCAGAUAGUACCUCCUCAAAUGUCUCUGAGAAAUCGAUAAGCAUGUCACCUAUGCCAUCCCCUGCAAGCCCUCGCAAAAGUCAGUCUACAAGGCAUUCAUCAUUUAUAAUCAAGCCUAGAGCUAAUCCUGCUAAAGGAGACCUGGAAGUGAAUCGACGAUCCCUCUCAAUGAGUACCAAAAGCCUUGGAAACUUUACGUUUAACAGAGGGAGUCUGAAGAAAGGGGACUCCCAGAAGGAAGUUGUUUUCCCAUGUGAAACUCUCCAAGAGGACUCUCAAAAUGAGACAGAACACCCUGUUGAGCUUGUUCGGCGCCGACGGCCUCUCUCUGCCAUCGAAGUCUUCCAGCAGGUGGACAGUCGUAUGCCGUGCAGCCCCCCCUCCUAUGAGCAGGCACUGCAAAGUGGAGCCCAACCGGCCCCCCCACAGUAUGGGGCCAUGACAGUCCAACAUGCCCGAGAGCUGGGCAGGAAAUCUCGCCCCAUCUCUAUGAAUGACUACCUAUUGGACAUUUACAAAGUUAACGAACCCACAAAAAACACAUUUACAGAAAGUGUUCAGUUAGAUGAACCACAGCCGGUUUCUUUCCGGCAGAGGGCUAUGUCAGAGUCAGUGUCCCAGUCGAGACAUGAAAGAGUGUCACGCAGGUGUAGUCAACAUGUGUCUGUGGAGUUCUCCUAUGCAAAAGAAUCUUAUGUGUGAGUGUUUCUUCUUUAAUUGCAAUGUGAACUCCUUUCACCACAGAUUAAAAGUAACGUGCAACUGUUAAAAUAUUUAAGAUGAAAUAUUUGACAAAAUAACACAUAGGGGAGAAUUCACUAAACAGUUGCACCAUUUUUGCACGUGGUAUUUCAGUGCAAAAACCUUCAUCUUAUUCACAAACAAUCUAGUUUAAGCAGGCACAAUCAGCAUUGAAAAUGCACUGCAUCUGGAGCAUUUAAAUAAAAUCAGUUGCACAAACACGUCGUCUUUCUAUGUAAAUUAGGCUCAAUAUUGAUUGCACACAGCUAUUGCCACCCGAGGAAAGCCGGCAGUAAACUGAAUUUUAUUUAAAAGAGAUGUUUGUGUACAUUUUCUAUCGAUCAUGGCAGCAGUAAUUCAUCAAAUAAUGAUCAAAUGUUGGAGAAGACCAUUAUAACCCGCAAUAAAUGCAGAUAUGUGGUCUAGUCAAGCACACUUUGUUAAAUAGAUUGUUAAAGAGCGCAUGCUUAAGAGGUGAUUCAGGUGUCUGGAUCACAGUAGUGGAGUGAUGCUGUUCAGUCCCAGCAGUGUGUGCCAGAUCACAGUGGUCUGCAGCAUCCUCUGCUAAAUAGCACUCAGAACCGGCCCACAAGAUCGUAAUUGCACAUGCUAAUUGCGUUCAGCACAGAUUUUGUGGGCACGUUUGCACCGCUGCCUGAUCUGCAAAAUUUGGGUGCAAAAUUGGGCACUAAACCAGCGCAGAUAGUGCGUGCAAACAGAUUUUUACUGGGUGCUCUUAUUUCUUAGUGAAUUCCCCCUAUAUAAUUUAGUGUGCUGCCUUAUAACAGUGAUUUCAUAUGCUAAUAUUGAAUAAUUUUAAAGAGAUAGUUCACCCAAAAAUGAAAAUUCUAUAAUUUAUUUGCCCUUAUGUUCCAAACCUAUACGACUUACUUUAUUUGGUAAAACUCAAUAAAGUAAAAUGACAGCCUCUGUCACCAUUCACUUGCAUUGUAUGGAAAAAAGAUGCAAUGAAAGUGAAUAGGCUGUCAUAACUUAAUAAUCUGUCUAACAUCUCCUUUUGUGAUCCUUGGAUGAAAGAAAGUCAUAUGGUUUUGGAACAACAUAAGGUUGAAUAAAUUAUAAUAGAAUUUUUAUUUUGGAUGGAUUACUUUUAAACUCUUGCCAGUAUGAAGCUAUGUAUAUAGACCAGUUAAAUUGUAUAAUAUAGUAAAAUAGUUUACAGUUGUAACAGAUUAAAUCAUUUUGAUAUAGUCAGUACGUAUUGCUGUAUAUUGCAAAGUUUUGUGUUAUUGCUACUCUUUAUUUCACUACAAUAAAGAAUCUUAGACCUUA